UCCUCGUGGUGAUAGAAUGUGACUUAUCAGUGUGUCACUGCAUGUCUGUGCUAUUUGCGUUUGAUGUUACGUUCCAAACCGCUUGUGUACAUAAAAAAUUAGUAUUAGAUAUCGUCAAUGCUAGAGAUCCAGUAUAGAUGCAUUGUGUUGCAGUUUAACAAAACAAGUCUUUUGACUCAUCAGCCUUUUCUGAAGUCAUUGUCAGUGAACCAGCCAAGUUGAUUGUAAUACAAUGGAAAGGAAAUCGUAUACGGGGUACUUGUUCACUACUGAAAUAUUCCAGAAGAAGCAACUAAACAUUAAGGAAACGCAGAAACAUUACAAGUCUAAUUUAUUACGAUUUGUAACAAAGCGGUUUCACGUAUUUUGCAUAGGCUCUCUGUUUGCCAUUGCAUUUAUGUAUUUUCAAAAACCGCCACAGAUUAUUCGACAAUCCGAGUCAUCCCGCCAACUUAUACCGCCAAACCCUCAAAGUACGGACACGAAAGUGACACCAUCAUACACACCUUUACAUAUUUUCCAGAAAGCUGCAGUGUGCUCUGAUUCAGAAAUAUGCAGUGGCAUUGGAAGAGAUAUCCUUCAAAAAAAUGGGACCGUAGUGGAUGCAGCACUAGCCACAAUGUUUUGUGCAGGUCUUUCAAACAUGCAAUCAAUGGGUAUAGGUGGAGGAUUCAUUAUGAACAUUUACAUUAAGAAGGAAAACAAAGCCUACACAUUGGAUGCAAGAGAAAUAACUGCUAUAGCGGCGACGCAAAAUAUGCAUUUACAUGAUCCCUUAACAACAAAUGAAGGACCAUUGUCUAUUGCCACACCUGGGGAACUUAAAGGUUAUUGGGAAGCACAUAAACGGUUCGGAAAGCUGAAAUGGAAAGAAGUUAUGGAACCAACGUUAAAUAUUUGCAGAAAUGGCUUCGAAAUGUCCAAACAUAUGUCAGAUUCCUUGCAUGUAAAUCUAAAUGUCAAAAAUGACCAAGGGUUGCGACAAAUGUAUUUCGACGAAGCAACUGGUACAUUCCACAAACCAGGAACCGUAAUUAAGCCAGAGCAGCUCUGUAACACGCUCCAAUAUAUAGCAGAAAAUGGAGGUAAUUCGUUAUAUGAGGGGGAGCUUUUAGACCAGUUUGCAGAAGAUUUGAAAGACAUGGGAAGCAUAAUUACAAAGGAAGAUCUUGAAAAAUAUGAGGUUCGAUGGAGUAAUUCCAUUCCUAUCGAUAUCAAUGGUGAUAUUAUGUAUGUAGUUCCACCACCAGCGAGUGGGAUUCUGCUCAGUUUUAUAAUGAAUAUUCUGAAAAAUUAUAAUUUCGAGCCAAACGAUCUCUCAACCGUUAAUUCGACAAUUUUAACAUACCAUCGCAUAAUAGAAGCAUUCAAACAUGCUUACGGCAGACGCUCUCAGAUAGGCGAUCCAAAAUUUGUAGAUAUUGAAGAUCUUGUUCAGAAAAUGACGUCGCCUGAUUAUGGAGAAAAAAUAAGGAAAACAAUAGACGAUUCCAGUACUAAGCUACACCCUCAUGACUACGGAGGUCAUUUCUUCAUCAAAGAAAGUCAUGGAACAGCGCAUUUAUCCUUGAUAGGUUCUAAUGGAGAUGCAGUUUCUGUAACGAGUUCCAUCAACUUUUACUUUGGAGCUGCUCUUUCCGGUAAAAGGACUGGUAUUAUCGUUAACAGUGGUAUGGAUGACUUUUCAUCGCCGGGUUUACAAAACUAUUUUGGACUUCCUGGAUCGAAGCGAAACUAUAUACAACCACAAAAGCGCGCGCUUUCGUCAAUGUCUCCCACUAUUAUAGUAGGUAACGAUGGUAACGUUAAACUCAUAGUUGGUGCGGCUGGAGGUACAAAAAUUACAACAGCAGUGGUUAUGACAAUUAUGAAAUAUUUGUGGUUUGGCAGCGAUAUCAAAGAAGCUGUAGAUUCCCCUCGCAUACAUCAUCAAUUAAUUCCGAUGACAUUGCAGUACGAAUUUGGAAAUUUGGAGGACGUUUUGCUGGGCUUAGAAGCAAAAGGACACGUUACAAAGCGGUAUCGUGAACGAGGAUCGAUAGUUUGUGCAAUCGCUCAGAAUAAUACGGGCAUUUACGCCAAUGCAGAUUUCAGGAAAGGUGGUGACGUCGUUGGGUUUUGAACAAAAAUGUCUAAUGUAGUAUCAAUGAAUUAUUAUUGCUGCAAUAGUUUUCGAUAAUACAAAACCUUUUAUGACCUGCAAAUGAUGAAUAAAAUAAUUGAGUAAAGUGGUGCAAAA